UGAGGUAGAAAAAGGGUCUGCGCGGAGCCAAAAAAACACAGAAGAUGGCCUCAUCUUCUCUUUGCUUCGUGAGGUCGUCUCCUGUCUCCCCACCGCCACUUGGUUUCUCCAAUGGCGUCCGCCGCUUGUCUCCCAUGGCUCUCUCACUCAAGAACAAGCUCAGCUCAUCCACGGCCAUGUCUUGUUCCCCUCUUCUACUCCGCAGAGAUCCCUUUCCAAUCCCCUCUUCUCAGAAGCAUUCCGCUCUCACUGUCUUCGCCGCAAAGUGCUACAAGAUGAAGACGCACAAGGCUUCCGCGAAGCGAUUCCGUGUGAUGGGGAGAGGGAAAAUUGUGAGGAGACGGGCUGGGAAGCAGCACUUGUUGGCGAAGAAGAACACCAAGAGGAAACUCCGGCUUUCCAAAAUGCAUCCUGUUAACAAAAGCGAUUAUGACAACGUGAUUGGCGCCUUACCAUACCUCAAAGUGAAUCGACAUGCGACCUGAGGGUUUCUUGGUGAUGGAAAAGGAUCGAUCAAUUUCUUUGCUUUCCUUUUUUUUCUGUCAAUUUUCUUGCACGGUGCUUAUUGUUUAAAUAUAUAACGUAACUCGUGCUUUGUCAUUGUUUCAGCUCCAUCUUGAUCUAUGCGUAAAUGAUUUUGAGGUGACGACAAUUUCCAAGUAUUCUUACCAUACCAUACCUCAAAGUGAAUCGACAUGCAACCUGAGAGUUUGGUGGUGACAGAGAAGGAUCGAUCAAUUUCUUUGUUAUCUUUAUUUUGCUUUUAAUUUUCUUGCAUCGUGCUUAUUGUUUAAAUAUAUAAUAAUGUAACUCGUGCUUCGUCAUUGUUCUUAAUGUACCUGUUUCAGCUCCA